AUGGUAGAAAAUGAAGAAAUACCGGUGAUUGAGGCAGCAAGGCCUAGUCUCGUGAACAUGACUCAGGCUAUCGUGAAGCUUGAUAUAAUUGGGCACUUUGAGCUGAAGCAGUACAUGACAAAGGUACUGAAGAGCCAGAUUCUUGGGUUUCAACAAGGAGAUGGUGAGACUCUUCGUCAAGCUUGGGAAAGAUAUAAGAAACUACUUAGAGACUGCUCAUAUCGUUGUCAAACUGAUGAGGUGUUGGGACAUACUUUUGUGGAUGGACCAGACGAGACCUCCAAAUUAAAUCUAGACUCAGCUUGUGGAGGAAGUUGCAUGCAAAAGCCAUACAGUAAGAUUCAGACUUUGCUUAACAAUUUCACUGCAAAUAAUCAUAACUGGCAAGGUAAGGGUGACGCAAGAAGGAUGAUAAAACAGAAAGCAGUAGGUACAAUUAAACUGGAUGAGAUGUCAGCCAUGCGAGCAGAAAUUUCUAAACUUACCAACCAAGUGGCUAAUAUAGAAAUGGGUCAAGGGCAUCAAAUGCAGCAGAGUAGAGGUCCAAUGAAACAAAAUGCACAAUAUGUGAAUACUUAUAAUCCCAACUGGAGAAACUACUCGAAUCUCUCAUGGGGUGAAAAUCAGGCUAGUCAAAAUCAAUACAGACCCAAAGAAAACUACAAUCAUCCCGAAAGGUCACCACAACAGGUAGAAGAAAGCACUAAUAAUAUGUUGAAGAAGCUAUUGAUUGACAACCAACAACUUCAAACAGAUAAUCAACAAUUGAGAACUGGAUUUCAAAAUAUAGAGAAGCAGAUUACGCAGUUGGCUGCACUACAAAAUACCCGACCAACAGGGGCCCUUCCAAGUAAUACAGAUAAGAAUCCUCAUGUGAAUGCUCUAACCUUGAGGAAUGGUAGAGAAUUAGAAGAAAUACCAAAAAUAAAGAAAGUAAAAGUCACUCAUAAGGGCGAACUAGUUCCUCAAACUGUGGUGGAAACUGAGAAAGAAAUUGAAGAAAGUGAAAAGACUCUAAUUGAAAGGCCACCACCUCCCUUCCCAUAA